CGUCCACCUAACCAUGUGCAGCCGAACUCUCACUCUAUGCAGCCAAAAGCGCGCCCGCCGCCGUUGUGCAUGUGCGCCGGCGUUUCGAUUUGCGCAGGAGGACUAGCGUGAUCUUUACUAGCCCAUGUAAAGACUCGCCCAGAGGCUUUGUUCGCGAGAUGGCCCCUUCUUGUACUCCCGCGGCGGCCGAAGCGGCGGCCCUGGAGAGCGCGGUGAAGCUCGUCGAGGGCGCCCUGCAGUCGGACAGCGCGUACCCGCUGCUCGUGGACCAGUUCGCGGCUUACGGGCCCCUGCCGAGCUGCAGCGGUCUGCAGGACCUCGACUACCCGGCAGAUCCCUGCUGUGCCGCAGCGCCGGCGCCCGGUGCUUCGACGCUGCUGCGGAGGGUGCCGUUGCCCGCCGAGCUGGUAGAGCAGGCGGCACAUGCGCAGAUGCAGUGCCGGCUGGGUCUGUUUCCCGAGAUUGGACGGGCCUGGCUGGCGGUGGACAGCGACCUGUUCGUGUGGCGUUACGAGACGGGUGAUGACCUGGCAUACUUUGAUGGACUGAGCGAGGCCAUCCUGGCCGUGGGCUUGGUGCAUCCUCAGCCGGGAGUGUUCCAGCGCCAGAUCCACUCGCUCCUCUGCCUGGCCACCUGCACCGAGAUUGUCAUUCUUGGAGCAACUCUGCAGGGUGAGGAACUGCUACUCUUGCCCGAGCCCGUGUUUACGCUGUCGGCUGACGGUGCGCCUGCGACGUGCGUGGUGGGAUCGGCAUCGGGACGGAUCUUCCUGGGGGGCCGGGACGGCUGCCUCUACGAGAUCGUCUACUCGGCCGGCAGCAGCUGGUUUGGGUCGCGCUGCCGCAAGGUGAACCACUCGAGCAGCACCCUGGCCUACCUGCUGCCCGCUUUCCUCAGCCUGCCCUUUGGCGAGGAGGACCCCAUCGUGCAGGUGGUGGUGGAUGAUGGCCGGAAGGCGCUCUACACGCGCUCCGAGAGGGGCACCCUUCAGCUUUUUGAUCUGGGUGUCCGUGGUGACCAGGCCAGCCGGGUGAUCUCACUGCAACUCCACCAGCUGGUCCAGAUGGCUUCACGCGUGGCACCUACAGUGGACACCGACAACUUUCGUGUCCUGGUGCACAUCCAAGUGAUACCGCCUGCGGAGUCCCCACAGGCCCACCUCGUCGUCAUCACUCAAACUGGUGUGCGCCUGUACCUGACGACCAUCUCGCAUGGCGGACCAGAGGCUCGGCCUUCAACCCUGGCGCUGCUGCACGUUCGUCUGCCACCGGGCUUCACCUCGCAUGCACCUCCGCAACGGGUACGUGCCGUGCGCACUGCGCUCUGCCACCGGGGAACUACCGUGCUGGUGGCUGCCCACACUGAGGACAAGGACGUCUUCUGGACCCUGGCUGCCGAUGCCUACCCAUUCCAGCCGUGCUUCAUGGAGUCAUCCACUUUUGGACCUGUGGAUGCCGGUGUCUGCUGCCUGGCCAGUGUGAGUUCCCAACGUGCCCCGCAGCCGCAGUGCACCAUCAGCAUGGCCGGCGGCGUGGUCGUCCCCUCCGACCCUCCGGUGGUGGUCACACAGCACAUGGAAGGACCUCACAAGUUUGUGCUGCUCUCGCGCACUAGCUGCAGUGUGUACGAGAAGCCUCGGCCCGUGGACACGUUGCGCGGCUUCCUACAAAACCCGGCCACAUCCGAAGAAGCUGUCCGGGCCUUCUUCUUGCUGCACGGCGAGGUCCAGGCGAGUGCCAUCUGCCUCAUCCUCGCCUGCAACCCUGCAGACGUGCAGCUGGCUGAACGGGCCACCCAGGCGCUGUUGCGCUAUGGCGGGGAAGCCAAGCUGGUGGAGCAGCAGCCGGCCUCGUCGUUCCUCGCUUCCCCAGUGUGGGCCAGCACCCCGCUCCAUGGCGGCCAGGGACGGCCACUCAGCAGCUUCGGCUCGCCCCUAGGUGUGCAACCAACUCGGCCGCACGGGUGGAGACCAACGGGGCCGCCACUGUCGACGCCAAUCGUGCCGCAACAGUCCACUGCCGAGGUGGUGUUCUCUGGCCGUCACGGUGGCUGCUACGUCUACUUUUCGCGCCUUGUGCGGCCACUGUGGACGCUCAACCUGGUGUCACCAGCGAAGGACUCUGGUGCAGGGAACCUGGCCGAUGUGUUUGCCAGUAGCAUUGCGGGGCAAGAUGUGGAAAACUAUCUGCAAGCUAUCAUUUCCUUCAAGCGCUUCCUCGCAAAGCUGGUGGGCUCAUCCACCGAGAGCUCCUUUGCAGAUGUGGGGGCCAUCUCUCGGUCGCGGCUUGACACAGACACCUCGCUGCACCUCCGAGAGCAGAUACCGAGGAAAGCGCAGGCGGAGGCUACGUCUCGUGAGUGGGCCUCCCUGGGCCAGCUGUUGCAGCUGGUGACGCACACGGCAGAGCUGCUUGGACUGUGGAAGGUGCUGUGCGACCACCAGUUCCGCGCCGUGUCUGCAGCCUUCCCGCCCGACCUCCGUGAUCAGCUGCGCAAUGCGACCCUCCGCGAGCUUGUGCUGGCCGACCGACAGCUUCCGGCUGGCCUCGCUGCCGCACUGGUGCAGACCUACCUGGAGGACAAUGCAGCAGCAGAAGCAGUGUCCAACCGGCUGCGCAGCGUUUGCCCAUCCCUGUAUCGCAUUGAGGAUGCACUCUUCACACGGGCCCACGAGAAGCUGCUGGCUGCGCGGACCGAGCGCAAUGCUGAGGAGCGCCGGAAACUCCUGGACGAGGCACUCGCCCUUUGCAAGCAGGUGGGUCCUCAACUGCCGCUGGGCACGGCAUGUGGCCUGCUGACCAGCUGUGGUCACCACGCAGGGGUCAUUGACCUCAGCCUCUCACUGGCGAAGCAACGGGACCCCCAGGGGCUGGCCCUGCACUUCUACCGGCAGGGAGAGCGGCCCGAGGACGAGCGCGGUCGGCAAGCCUAUGGCGCACGCCUCGAGUGCUACCAGGUGAUUCGAGACAUGCUGUCUGAGCUGCGUGCUACCAGCGGAGCCGAUGUCUCCUCUUACGAGGCCAUGCUCGGUCUGGCCCUGCGGUCAGAUGACGAGACGUUUCAUGCCUCGCUGUACGACUGGCUCUGUGAGAGUGGUCAGUCCGCACGCCUGUUGGACGUGCGCAGCCCAUUCCUGGAGGCCUACCUGCAACGCCGGUGUGAUGCGGCCGACCUGCUGUGGAAGUACCACGAGCGGGUGGGCAACUAUGGUGCAGCUGCACGCAUCCUCGCCAAACUGGCCGACCGACCGGGUGCCGAUGCGACCCUGGCUAGGCGCCUCGAGUACCUGGCGCGAGCUAUCGUCUGCGUCAAGAGUACCCACUUUCAGGUGCGUGUGUGUGUCCUGGCACAGCCGCAUUUGGUGGCAGCGUGCAAGGCUUUCACGUCAUCGACAUUGGCUUGGCUGCAUCAUUGUGACAGAACUUGAAGCAAGUAAGGCCAU